AUGUAAGAUAGUGAGGCUAACAAAAUAUUCUCAAAUUAAGAGAAGUCUAAAUUAUAUAAAUGGAGAUGGGUUGUCUUGAUUUUAUUCACCAUGGCUGUUUUUAUGAACAGCAUACCAGGUGAAAUUUAUGUUCCUGCUUCAAAUGAGACUUAACUAAUUUAUUCUGAAAGUGAAACCAUGAUUACUUUAGCUUAAACUAGUUAUGUAAUUAUGCAUCCGAUUUUAUCUAUUCCUUGUUCUUAGUGUAAACAAAUAUAAACAAAUAUUUAUUAGUUAUUGUGAAGUAUGGAUGGGCAAAAGCAACAAAUAUAGGUGUGGCAUUAACAAUAGGAGGAAGCUUAAUUAAAUUACUUGUUAAUCAAACAGGGUAAAUAGUUUAUAGAAUCAUUUAGCUUUUAUAUUAUAGUGAUUGGUUAAGCAUUAAUUGGAGCGGGAAAACCAUUUAUUUUAAAUGCUCAAGCUUCUAUGGCAUAAAAUUGGUUUUAUCCUGAGUCAAGACCAUCAAUCAUAAUAGCUCUAAACGUUCUUAAUCUAAUAUCAAAUGUUGUGACAUUAAUGAUACCAGGAAAAUGGAUAUUUAGAAACUAUGACUUUGAGGAUACUGAAGAAUCAAUUUAAGAGGGAAAAGAAUUAGUUAAUAAACUCAAUUCUGUUUGUCUAUAUAUGGUAUUAACAUUAAUUCCUUGCUUAUUUUUUUUGAGAAGUACAGCACCAACACCACCAUCUGAAUUAGUCAAGAAAGAAGAGAAAACUGCCAAUACCAAGAAAACUAUACUUAAAAUAUUAUCAAAUCACAAUUUCUAAUGUUGCUUACUGGCAUAUUCAGUUUACCUUGGGUUAGUUAAGUGUUUAGUUUUAAUCUUACCUUAUCUAUUUAAGCCUGCAGGUUAUGGAAAAGGAGAGGUAUCCAUAGCUGGAUCAAUAGCCAUGGCUUCUGCAGCUAUGAGUUAAUCUACAUUAGCUGCUUUUAUAUAGGAGUUUAAAAAUGUAAAAACUAAACUUAUUAAAAUCCUGAUGGUAAUAUCAACGGGCUCUUUAGCUGUGUUCUAUUUUUCUUUAUUAAGCCGCAAUUUACUUUUUAUAUACUUAGCAAAUGGACUUGUAGGAUUUUUCAUUAUGCCUAUAGCACCUGUGUUGAUGGAUAUUAGUUGUGAUUUAAUUUUUCCUAUUAGUCCAAGCUAUGCUAUAGGUAUAAUGUACAUAGGAUCUUAAAUAUUAUUGGUUAUCUUCACUCAAAUUGAAGCGGUUAUUGUAGGUGGUGCUAAUAGUACGAUGACUAGAGUAACAAUCACAUUGAUGUUAGACGUGGGUUUAUAAUUGCUUGGUUUAUUUUUAUUUUCUUUUAUCAGAAUUAAAAAAGGGAGAGUUUCUGAAUCUACUGUAAUUAUUUAAAUAUAUAAUAGCAUUCUAUUGUACCAACAGAUGUACAAGAAUCAUUAGUUUAAGGUAGAUCAUUAUUUGAGAAGGGUUAAGCCUUUUCUUCAUCUUAUGUUGGAAGUUCGUUUUUCAAUGCUCAAUCAUCAAUUGCUUUUGUAGGAAUUACUCCAACAGCACCAUAUACUGAUUAUUAAAAGGAUUAAAAAUAGGCUGUAUAUACAUCAGAAAUCAUGUAAUGGUAAAAUAGUGAAAUUACUCGAGAAGAAUAGGCUAGAAAAUAAUGA